AUGGGUUUUCUCAUCAACAGCACACCUUCGGGCUCCUUUCUAGGACGCAUAGACUGGCUUCAUGUCUACAUUGCCGGCGCUGCCAUUGCAGUCGGCGCAUUCGUGGUAUUGAUAUUAUUACUUGCUUCCAGACAAACACGCAAGGUGGACUUUAACAGUGGCGUCUUCACUUACGUGAAAUUCAUCUACGCAAGCUUCCUCAAACCCCAUGAGAAGAAUGGGAAUGGCCAGCAGGACGCUUUAGAGAGCUUCUACAAGACUCAAGCUAGUGUAUACGAUGCCACUCGCAGACGCCUUCUGCGCGGACGCGAGGAUAUGCUGGGUCUGGUCGCUGCGCAGUUGAAACACAAGGUGGAUAGCCAGGAGCUCAAAGCCGGAGAAGCGAUCUGGGUUGAUAUUGGCGGGGGCACUGGAUACAACAUCGAAGCGAUGUCUGCUUUCCUCUCGGUGCCAGACUUCUUCGCGCACGUUUACCUGGUCGAUCUUUCUCCCUCCCUCUGUGACGUCGCCCGUCAGCGAUUCGAGCGACUAGGCUGGAAGAAUGUCAGCGUCGUCUGCCAGGAUGCUCGGUCCUUUAGGUUGCCUGAGGAGGACAAGGUAGACCCGCGCUGCAAGACUGCUACGGUUGCAGGCGCCGACCUGGCCACUAUGAGCUACAGCUUGUCCAUGAUUCCAGAUUACUAUAGCGUCAUUGACUCGCUGCCUGCGCUGAUCAAGCCUUCUGGCGUUCUGGGAGUCUGCGAUUUCUAUGUACAAAGCAUCGUGGAUGUCUCCUCCCGCAAUUACAUCGGCGGCGCGUUUAAUCGUCACGUCAACUGGCUUGGGAGAGCCUUUUGGCGCGCCUGGUUCGACGCCGACCGUGUUAGCCUUGAGGCUGCUCGUCGAGAUUACCUUGAAUAUCGCUUCGGAACCGUGAUCUCGGCCAGUGAGAGAAACUACCUAUUAGGUGGAAUUCCCUACUACAUCUUUGUGGGAUGUCAGAAGGAUUCCACGACGCAUUCUGGCCGCGAAGCCAUCGAGAAGCUCAACGCCUCUUUCACCGAGUCUCCAUACCUCUCCCCAGCUAAGCACCGGAGCGAAAUGGAUGCGGCUAUUGUGAGUAGCACACAGGAGAUCAAGUCCAAGGCGUACGAGUCUGCCGUGAUCAACCUCGGUUCCAACCUUCCUCUACCAUCAUCAUUCUAUCAGAACCACCAUUACCGCAUCUUCUAUAAUGACCUCCUUCCCAAACACACGCAGUUCGGCCAUGAGUACAUCUAUGCCUUCAAUUGGGAAGACCCCCGCGUUGACCACAAAUUGCUCGAUAUCCAGCGCGACGACGUCAUCUUGGCCAUUACCAGUGCCGGGGACAACAUCCUGGACUAUCUCCAGAAAAGCCCCCGGCGGGUCCAUGCAGUCGACCUCAACCCUAAUCAAAACCACCUCCUUGAACUCAAGGUUGCCAGCUUCAUUGCCCUGGGCUACCGGGACGUCUGGAAGAUCUUUGGAGAAGGCAAACACUCGGACUUCCGCCGUCUACUCAUCGAGAAACUGAGCCCCCAUCUCUCAAGUCAAGCGUUUCAGUACUGGCUCGAGCACACCCAGAUUUUUACAUCCUCCUCGGGCAAGGGCCUGUACGAGACCGGUGGCUCUCGCCACGCAAUCAAGAUGAUUCGGUACCUCUUCCAAGUCUUCGGGCUACAGGGCCAAGUCGCGAAGCUCUGUGAAGCGCAGACGCUCGCAGAGCAGCGCAAGAUCUGGCCCAAGAUCCGCGCCGUCCUGAUGAGCAAGCCUCUGCAUUGGGCGGUUGUUGGGACUGAAUGGUUCGCCUGGAAGGCCGCCGGCGUGCCGCGCAAUCAGCGCAACAUAAUCAUCGACGAUUUCUAUAAGCGCAACGGGCUGAACAAGGAAAUGAAGCAAGCCAAGGACAUCAGCGGCCAGUCGAUCUGGGAGUACGUUGUGGACACCUUAGACCCGGUCGUUCAGGAUACUCUCAUCAGCAACGACAACUACUUUUACUUCCUAUGUUUGCAGGGACAAUUCUCCCGCAGAUGUCAUCCCGCCUACCUCACCCCCAAAUCACACGUCAAACUUUCCUCCCCCGGCGCCUUUGACGGUCUCCGUAUCCACACCGACGAGAUCAAUGAGGUGAUCAAGAGGAUCACGCCUAAGAGUCUCACCAUCGCCGUGAUCAUGGACUCGAUGGACUGGUUCGACGCUACAAGCGACGCCGCCUCCGCCCAGGCCCAGAAACUUAACCAGGCAUUGAAAAAGGGCGGACGAAUCCUCCUCCGCUCCGCCAGCAUUGAGCCUUGGUACAUUCGGCACUUCGAGGCGAAUGGGUUUACGGCGCGGCGGGUUGGAGCAAGAUACCCCGGCACGUGUAUCGAUCGUGUCAAUAUGUAUGCGUCCACGUGGAUUUGUACCAAGACUCGGGACUUGGAUCGUCCAACGCCGAGUCGGGCUAUGUCAGCUUUAUCCCUGAAUGAGUAAGGAAAUGAGUGAGGAGCAGAAUAUUGUGAUAAGCAUUUCGAUUCUCGCUAAAAGGACUUUGACCCUCGCGGAUGAUACCAAAGAGCAGUGAUAUAGAAAAAUUAGAUGCCCG